GCAACAUGUGUUGGAUAAUUCCAGAAAGAGCUUCGCAGUUUCUUCUCUAAAGUCAAUCCUGCAGGAACAGAGCAGUAGAUUCACCCAGGACACACCGUGUGGACGCGUAAAGACACCCGGAGAUUUGACACACUUCAAGCUUAUUGUUCUUUGCUGUUAGCGAACGAGAAGCUGUUAUUUGACAUUAAACCGCUGCGUGCGUUUUAUUGAGUUUUGUUACCGUGUUAUCCGAGGUGUCAAAAAUGUUGAGCGUCGCCAGAAACGUUUCAAGGACUCUCCCGACGAGCAGCUGUACACGAAAUGUGUCCUCUCUGAUCAAGAAGGCAUGCUGGAGCGGCUUCCAACCAGACGCGCUCAGAGCUCUGUCCAGGAGGGACUAUGCGUCAGAAGCUGUCAGGGGUUCAGUCAUUGGCAUCGACCUGGGAACCACCAACUCUUGUGUGGCAGUCAUGGAGGGCAAACAGGCCAAGGUGUUGGAGAACGCAGAGGGAGCCAGGACGACUCCUUCAGUCGUCGCCUUCACAGCAGAGGGGGAGCGUCUGGUGGGCAUGCCCGCUAAACGCCAGUCCGUCACCAACCCUCAGAACACACUGUACGCCACCAAGAGGCUGAUCGGACGUCGCUUUGACGAUCCAGAGGUCCAGAAAGACAUGAAGAACGUCCCCUUCAAGAUUGUUCGUGCAUCUAACGGUGAUGCCUGGGUGGAGGCUCAUGGGAAAAUGUACUCCCCGAGCCAGGCCGGAGCCUUCGUCCUGAUGAAGAUGAAGGAGACUGCAGAGAGCUACCUGGGAACCAAUGUGAAGAACGCUGUGGUCACUGUCCCGGCCUACUUCAACGACUCUCAGAGACAGGCUACCAAAGAUGCCGGUCAGAUCUCCGGUCUGAACGUCCUGCGUGUGAUCAACGAGCCGACAGCCGCCGCUCUGGCUUACGGCCUCGACAAAACCCAGGACAAGAUUAUUGCUGUCUAUGAUCUCGGUGGCGGUACGUUUGACAUCUCAGUCCUGGAGAUCCAGAAAGGAGUUUUUGAGGUGAAGUCCACCAACGGAGACACCUUCCUGGGAGGAGAGGACUUUGAUCAGCACCUCCUCCAACACAUCGUCAAGGAGUUCAAGAGAGAGUCUGGUGUGGAUCUGACCAAAGACAACAUGGCUCUGCAGAGAGUCCGAGAGGCUGCGGAGAAGGCAAAGUGUGAGCUCUCCUCUUCACUGCAGACCGACAUCAACCUUCCCUACCUGACCAUGGACGCCUCCGGUCCCAAACAUCUCAACAUGAAGCUUACCCGCUCUCAGUUUGAAGGCAUCGUGGCCGACCUGAUCCGCCGCACCGUGGCUCCCUGUCAGAAGGCCAUGCAGGACGCCGAGGUGUCAAAGGGCGACAUCGGAGAGGUGCUGCUGGUCGGAGGAAUGUCCCGCAUGCCCAAGGUUCAGCAAACGGUCCAGGAUCUGUUCGGCCGCGCUCCCAGUAAGUCUGUGAACCCUGAUGAGGCUGUUGCCAUAGGAGCAGCCAUCCAGGGCGGCGUUUUGGCUGGUGAUGUCACUGACGUGCUGCUGUUGGAUGUGACACCACUGUCUCUGGGUAUCGAGACGCUGGGCGGAGUCUUCACCAAACUGAUCAACAGGAACACCACGAUCCCCACCAAGAAGGGCCAGGUGUUCUCCACAGCGGCUGACGGGCAGACUCAGGUGGAGAUCAAGGUGUGUCAGGGGGAGAGAGAGAUGGCUGCAGACAACAAGGUGCUGGGUCAGUUCACUUUGGUGGGAGUCCCCCCCGCCCCACGCGGCGUCCCUCAGAUCGAGGUCACCUUCGACAUCGACGCCAACGGCAUCGUGCACGUCUCCGCCAAGGACAAGGGCACGGGCCGGGAGCAGCAGAUUGUGAUCCAGUCGUCAGGAGGUCUCAGUAAAGACGACAUCGAGAACAUGAUCAAGAACGCUGAGAAGUACGCAGAGGAGGACAGGAGAAGGAAGGACCGCGUGGAGGCCGUCAACAUGGCCGAGGGCAUCGUCCAUGACACAGAAUCCAAGAUGGAGGAGUUCAAGGAACAGCUUCCUGCUGAUGAGUGCACCAAGCUGAAGGAGGAGGUCACAAAGGUCCGGGAUCUUCUGGCCAACAAGGACUCAGAAACAGGAGAGAACAUCAAACAGGCGGCCACCACGCUGCAGCAGGCGUCGCUCAAACUCUUCGAAAUGGCCUACAAGAAGAUGGCAGCAGAGCGGGAAGGCAGCAGCGGCGGCAGCGGCGGCAGCGGCAGCAGCGGCAGCAGCUCGGGCUCAUCAGAGGGAGAGAAGAAGGAGGGCCAGCAGUAAACCUUUGCACUUUGUGUCACUGGGUUUUCAUGACAACAGAGGACUGUUGGACUUGGGGUUCGGACUGGGCUGUGAGGGAGGGGGAG